CAUAUAAUUGUUGUAUAGCCGCUCAUUUGAUAACGUUUACGUAACGCAUGAAGCAUCAUACGUUCUACUUAAGUUUCUACUUUAUAUUUACAACGCAAAUAAAAUCAUUUAAGCCAGUACAUUUCAUGUAAGUGGAUAUACGAAAUUUUGAAAUAUACGUGAAACAUGGUGGGCAGGAACGUUGGAUUUUCGGCUACAACAGUUUCUUUUAAAAUUGGCACUCUGGUUCUGUUUGUUAGCUUUAUACUUCAUGUUGUGGGAUUUUCAAUUGCGAGAUGGGCUACUAUCAACCUGUCCUAUUCCGGUAGUAAAGUUCGAAGUUCUUAUCACGCUGGAUUAUGGCAGCAUUGCGGGUGUGUAGAAUUAGGCGUUGAAAACUGUGUGUGUAAUUCGAGAAGCGGAGAUCCAGCAUGGUUCAAAGCUGUUCAAGCAAUGGAGACGCUUGGAUUGAUUGGGCUGAUAAUCACUGGAAUUAUUUCUCUGUCUCUGUUGUGUUACAAACAGACAAUGACAACGAAAAACAUAAACAUUUUCCUCCUUGCAGUUUCAGGUAUUUGCAUUGUGAUUGGAUUGAUAAUAUUUGGAGUGGAGAACACAAAAGAUUUUAAGGACGUGUUUACCAUUUUUGAUGCAGUCAACAGUGUAGAUUCAAACGGAACCCUGAAUACUUCCUUUAUUCUGUGCGCAAUCGCUGCUGGCCUUUGCCUCUUCGUGUGUCUUCCUGUAUUUGCGGUUGACAAACGCACACCUUUACCAACAGCGCAACAGCAAGUGUUUCAGGCACCUGUUCAAUAUUCGAAUCAAGGCCAAGUUAUAUUUCCGCCUUCGGGUCAGGCACAAGUUUAUAUCGGCACAGCCGGUCAGCAACCAAUUGGUUACAUGCCAACGUACACGUAUGGACAAUAUGGUUCGCCACCGGCAUACGUACCACAAACAUCCGAAGGGCAAUAUGAAACACCCUUUCCACAGCAGACAGAUGGCAUACCACACAAAGCGUAAAUCUUAGAUAUGAUGUACCAGUUUAAGACCAAAGUACAAUUGUCAUUUAAAAAGCUUGCCAAAUGGCCGUUCAAAUUAUCACACGGCAUAGAAUAUUAUAUUUAUCAGAAAAAAAUCAUUAUCCUUUAAUAUAUUUAUCAAAUGGCAUUCAACAGUCAUAACCAAACGUACUCGAGGUACAUGUUAUAUUACCUUCAAGUGGAAAGUCUUAAAAACCUUAUAACAUCUUAAGUAUUCUCCAGUUUGGUUAUUCAGGUCAAGCUAUAAAAUAUUUUUACAAACGUUAAGAUUAGAACACAGAAAGUAUGAGAGAUAUGUUUGAGAUGGAUAUUGAAAUGUGCAGUGAUGUUCUAACGAAAAUAAUGCGAGAUAGGCUUUAAAACUGAGCUGCUGGCUAGCUCGGAGUUAUACUUCUCUUACUGCAGUGGGACUUCAAAGGUCAUCUCCCAUGCAGCACUUACAUCUGUUUUAUAUUACAGUGCCAGAUCAUUAUUUUAUUGCUUUUUUUAACCUGGUAUAUUGUUUUGAAUUAUUCAUUGUGUCUUUCAGUUAAGCUAUUCAUACUUUGUUGAAACCAGUUAGAUGUGUUUUGUUUUUCUUUUCGUUUCGAUUAUAUUAACAUAAUAUUUUCGAUUAAAAUCAGCUGAGUCAUUACCUUUUA